AUGACUGAUACCAGUUCAACUUUGUACCCGUACCAGAUUCAGGACGAGGAUCAAUAUAGGAAUAAUCAUUAUGGUCAUUUUGCCUCUUUAUCUGCUGCUGGGAACGCGUUUAAUAUGUCAUCGCCUGUUAAAGACGAAAAAAGGUUGCAACCAAUUGUAAUGACUGACCAGGAAGUCGAGGAAGACCAAUCUCAGUUACUUGCAUCUCCCAUGGAUAAAUCUAUCAUUGUUAGACGUAUUGAUGUGCUCGAAUAUUUGGUCAAUUCGCUAGCUGGGAAGGAUAAACUUACCAAGAUUCUCAAAUAUACCUUGGAUCUGCUGAGAUUACUUAUCAGUAAUUCGCGCGCUGGGAUCACCAAAUGGGAUCCCACUGUGCUUCUGUAUUACAAGAAAGUGCUAAAGAAUUUUAGUGUACGUUCCGUGAUUAGACACCCAGUGACGAUAUCGAAGAUCCUUCUGGUAGCUAUAUUUGAAAACUUUGAAUCCAAGGCAAAUUUUGUUAGUCAACAACUAAGCACAUACCGUUAUAUCCUGCGAUUUGGUGGCACUCCAUUCCGGAUAGUAAAGAUGUUGCAGAAGGUGCAACAGACGGAGUUUGAUCGCGUCAAGUUGCAGGAAAUAUGGUUUAAUGAGAGCUCACUUCGGGACUUUUUGGAUCUUUACUAUGGGAUCUGUGACGAAAUGGUUCUGUUACAUAAGUUAAAAGUGUGGUCCCAUCCGGGACUGUUCAAUUGGUUUUCCAGGCACGAAGUACUCUCUUGGCAGUACGAUAUCGUUUUGAGCUUGAAGGAUAAUUGGAUGAAAUUAGAAACGAUUCAGAAAAAAAUCAUUGAAUUGAACAUUCAAUCACAGGUGAGAAGUAAAGCUUUGAAAUUAUCGGCAAAUCUGCAAGGGUCCCCCGGUUACACAUCGCCAAUACGCAGACAAUUGCUCAACGAUCUAAAUAGCGGAAACGGUAACGAGCUUGACAUUCAACAGCGCAUUGAACAACUCAAACAGGAAAGGAAAAUCACAUACUUGGAUCUAACUAGACUCACUUUCGACUGUCUCGCCAACUGUACAGACGUUUUCAGCAUAAAAACUCCACCGGGCACUUAUGCAAUCCUAUCGCUAUGUUCCGGUAUCACAGGUCUUACAAAAUUGUGGAUUAAUGCUAAGAAAGAGCUAUUAAAACAAUCGGAUUCUUGA